AUGUACGGUGAAAACUCUUCACUAGGCAGUCGCGCUGAAGAAUUGAAAGGAUGGCAUGUUGUCGAUUUCAGUCUAACCUGCCGUAGCUACUCUCGCACCGGGUGUGCCGGUCAAUCGGUUGGUACUGACACGAUUCAGUGCGACAAUAGCGGGGCGUACUGCUACAAUAUGUCUGCAAGUGCAGCCGCUGUGAUCGACAUCGUCAAAGUUGGCUGCUCCUUGUGGCGAUGCAUGUUCGCUCGCGACAAAUGCAUCUCGACUACGUUCCAGAACAUUCCGAUCAGCCUGUGCUGUUGCUCCACGAAUUUGUGCAAUGUACCGGAGAAUCGCGGCAUUCGUGGGUGUGGUGCAUCAGGAACGAAAUGGUCGCGCCGCGGUGAGAGGGGCGAUGCAGCAGUAGGUAAGAAAUACAAAAACAAAAGUACUAAUAAUAGAAUUGUGUAUAAAAUAAUGGUCGUAUAUCGAUUGAGCUGUAUGAAGAACGCUAGAGCUGUAAUAACGGCGAAUGAGUNGUCCGCGACAGCCGCGUGCGGCGAAUCGAUUACCCAAAAUCGUUCCUAA